AGGCUACACCAGCCAGCUGUUGGAUUAUUGCCACGGCACUGUCUCAUCGGGGAAGGCGUGUCACUCCCCGAAUUACUCAGCGCCCCUUUGUCCUCGGUCGUUGCCCAGCCAGCGACACCCAUGGCGGCUGCACCCGUUAGGCAGCGCUCCGGGCCAGGAGGACCCCGGGCACAGCUCCCGCCGUGUUACUACGAAGGAUACCUGGAGAAGCGAGGACCGAAAGAAAAGGCAUCGAGGCGACUGUGGACCUGUCUGUGUGGGAAUUUUUUGUAUUUCUUCAACAAUGCCAAGGACACUCAUUACGUGGAGAAGCUGGAUCUCAGUGGUUUUGUAUCCCUGAAAGAUGACUGCAGCCGGGACAGAAACCUGGAGGCAGCCAGACUCAUCCUGCGCAUGAAGGAUGGAGAGACCAAACUUACAGCACCCAACUUAGAAUCAAGGGAGCUGUGGAAAGGUUUCCUCUACUCCGUCACAGAUCUGAACGUACCGUCCUGUCUCACACUGCUGCCGGGCCAGCUGCAGAUGCUGAAAGAGGUGGUCGACAAAGAAAGGUCCAGACGAAGAACUCGCACUCCCACACGUGCUCCUCCUUCACCUCUCUCUGUGCCUUUAGUAGGAGAGAUCCCGCCCUGUUUUCGACCAGUGUCGCGAACCGAAGCUGAAGUCCUUUUAGAGAGACACCCAGACUGCGGCAACAUGUUGCUCCGUCCAGGCAGAGAUGGAUGCUCACUGGCCGUCACUACUCGACAAGACCUCAAUGGGUCAGUGUUCAGACAUUACCGUGUGACUCAAAGGGACCAAGGUGGUUAUGUCAUUGAUGUAGAAAAUCCUAUUCCCUGUGCAACGCUUCAUGAGGUCAUUGACGCGCUGGUAGAAAAGACAGCAGGAACUCUUCAACCAUUCCUACUGGAGGAGCCGUAUGAGGAGAAUAUCACAUAUGUUUCUGCGAAUGAUGAAAAUGGGGAGAGGAUCCUCCACACUGCCCCUUCUAGCCCCCUACCAAAGCCCCCUGCCCUACCUCCUAAACAAGAUCGUUGGUCCAGUAGUCCCCUUUCCAGGUCUCCUGCCCCAGACCGCCGUAUCCUAACUUCACCGGUGCCGGCCUCACCCACCAACCCGAUGAGACGACUCAUUCUCUCUCCUUCACCCCUCACACAGACGCUCAAUGAGGAGCUCAAAAUUAAGCUGGAGAAGAGGCGAGCCAGUCAAGAGUGACUUACUCGUAAGGAACAACGUCCUGUCACAGCAUACUUGAUCUUCAGUGCCAAACCCCUUUCUCACCGCAGCUAUCUGCUCAUCCUGUGCCUUCUAGGUGGAAGACAAGGGAUUACAAAUACUGCCACUUUCUUUUAGCAAGCUUCAGUGUGUUCUGGGUUUGGGUUUUGGUCUGUUUAUACUUUUUGGAUCUGACAUGAGUAUAAAUGGACUCUAAUUAGCUUCUAAAGAGCAAGAGCAAGGUUGUGAAACCGUGAAAAAGAUUCAUAUAACCUUACAAAAUACUGCCUUCCAUGUUUGGGUAAUGAUCCAGUAGUGCUUUGUCCACAUGCAUAAAGCUGUUUACAGACUGCGACACAACAAAUGAUUUUCAUUCAGAAUACAGUUCACAAGAAUCAAUGUGACUGGCCUAUCUGAGAGGCGCUAACACCAGCAGACCACCAGCUGAGCCUGAUGUUUUCCUGUCUGAGCCAAUGUCUGUGUGCCAAGCUGCUAAUGUUUCUACUGCCAGACUGGAGAACAAACAAAUCCCAGGCUACCAAGAUCAGCACCAGAAUGAAGACCUGAGACACUUCUCUGAAAGUAAAAUAAGCCAGACAGGCUCAGGUUUCAGUUCAGUAAUUCUCCCUCAUCAGCUCAUAACAUGUAACAUAACUUACUCAAGCUGAAACCUGUCUCUGCCUGCUGCUCUGAGUGCUAUUUGUGAGCGAUAAGCAACCAUUAAUAUACUGUUGAUACAAUGACACUGCUGUGGCCCGUUUACCACUCAACUUUAACUGUACUGUUGGUGCUUAUUUAAAAAUGUAUCCUUAUUCUCUGCUACUGUGUACGUGCUACUGAUCUGCCUGGAAAUUCCAGGUGUUUCUGUUCCUCUUCAAGGAAAUCCAUUUGCUGUAUUCAUGUGUGAAGGUGCCCUCUAGUGGAAUGGCUGUUGACUAAGGAGAUAGACAUGUUGUCAGGACACAGUCUGUGGGUAUUAAUGCAAGUACCAGGGCAACCCUGUUAUGUUGCAGACUGAACCUAGUAAAGACUUUAACUGUUCGCAGGAUUACACCACGCCCUACCUCUCUACCUUCAGUUAACAAAAUCAUAUUUUUUAUUACAGAUCUGGUGUUUAAACAGUUACAACCCGUUCUUCUACAUGGGAAACUAAUUUUUGCCAUUGCUGUCAAUUGGCCAAUCCUUGCAGAUUUGAAGUGUCUGAGUAUUAGUAGCAAACUGCGAUCGACUGACUCAUAAAUGUCUUCUUACAAUUAACAGUUUCUUGUAUGUUUAUACAUGAUGUGUCUACUUAACCACUAUUAGAGAAGAGUGUUUGUUAGAUAUGUGAGGGCAUUAAAAUUGUUUUGCAUGGAUCCUAGUUGUUCCUUGCUGUGAAAUAAUAGGUGUUGCUUUCUCAUAAAGACUGUUUCCCUUUUUAAAUGCCAGGAAACAGCUUCCUGAGGAAAUUGCACAAUACUGGGGUGAUU